CACCCAGAGGCAGAACCAAAGGAUGAAGAUGAAGAUGAAGAGGGGGCACAGACUGGUCAUCCCAGAAAUCCGGCCCAUGUUGCCCCGUGUCCUGGGGGACCCAUGUUGCACCAUUUUCUGGGGGACCCUCUGAGGGAAGAGCCCAAUGAGGCAACCUUGGUGCCAGGACCCCUUCCAGGACUUCAUGUCCCCACUGACAUUCUGGGGAAAGAGCUCAAUGAGGAAACCUCAGUGCUAGGAUCCUUUCCAGAACCUUGCGUCCCCACAGAUAUUCUGGAGGAAGAGCUCAAUGAGGAAACGUCGGUGCCAGGAUCCCUUCCAGAACCUCACGUCCCCACUGAUAUUCUGGAGGAAGAGCUCAAUGAGGAAAUGUCGGUGCCAAGAUCCCUUCCAGGACCUUGCAUUAUCAAUGACAUUCUGGGGGAAGAGACCAAUGAGGCAACCUUGGUGCCAGAACCCCUUCCAAUACUUUGUGUCCCCACUGACAUUCUGGGGAAAGAGGUCAAUGAGGAAACCUCAAAGCCAGGACCUCUUCCAGGACCUCACAUCACCAAUGGUAUUCUGAGAGAAGAGCUCAACGAGGCAACUUCAGUGCCAGGAUCUCUUUCAGGACCUCUCAUUUCCACUGAUAUUCUGGAGGAAACGCUCAAUGAGGAAACCUUGAUGCCAGGAUCCCUUCUAGGACCUCACAUCACCAAUGACAUUCUGGGGAAAGAGGUCAAUGAGGAAACCUCAGUGCCAGGUCCUUCCAUCCCCACUGGCACUCCAAAGAAAGCAGCUUUUGUGUCAGAGCCCUUACCAGAGCCUUCCAUUGCUGACAAUAACCUUGAGCAAGAAGUAGAAAUCCUCAAAGGAUUACAGAAUGACUAUGUCCAGCGGCAAAUGAGGGUUCGCCGCAUUUCCCAGCAGUUCCCUCGUUCUCUCCGGGCCAUCAACCUACAAAUUUGACACACGCGGACAAGGCUCAUCCGCAGUGAAGUUCGGCUGCAGCGGUGGGGAAAGGGAGGUGACCAAGCUCUGAUGCCUGUAAUUCAGACAGCUUCUCAUGGUGAGCAGUGAGGGCAAGUGAUGGCGGGUGUGGUAGUAUGCCAGCGUUUGCGGCUGACCACCU